AUGAAAAGCGUAUCGAUAAAGCAAUUAGAAGGUAUAGUAAUAUUAGAUAGUGAUGGGAAUAGAAUUGCCGUAAAAUAUUAUAAUGACAAAUUAAUAUUUAAAGAAGAGAAAUUACAGAAUUUUAAUUGUAGCUAUGAAUCCAUAAAUUAUGGUAUGGAUACAUAUAAUGAUUUUAAAACAGUAGAAGACCAGAAAUUGUUUGAAAAGGAUAUAACGGAAAAGAUAAAAAAGUUAGGUUUAAAUUAUUCAAAUGAGACAGAAAUAUUAUUAUUAAAUAAAUAUGUUAUAUUAUGUUUGUCGAUCAAUGACAUUGUAAUUUAUAUUAUUGGUGAUGAUAAUGAUAAUGAAAUUAUUUUAUAUGAAAUUAUAGAAACAGUACAUCAAGCAUUAAAUAAUAUAACAAAUAAUCAUAUAGGGAAAAAACAAUUAAUAGAUAAAUUAGAUUCUGUUUAUUUAAUAUUAGAUGAAAUUGCUGAUAGUGGUAUUAUUAUGGAAACCAGUGCUAGUGUUAUUAUUAAUAGAUUAUAUAUGAAUGAAAGCGAUAUACAGGAGCAACAUACACCCUUAAAUCAAGCGAUAUCUUCAGCAAAAGAAAAUAUUAUAAGGAGUUUGCUAAGUGGAGCUUGA